CACACCACUACAGAUACAAUUGUUUUCGUGAACACGCUUAACCUCCGUUAGUUUGAUUGAUUAAACACGGCGGCUCCAUAAAAGGACAUUUGUAUAUUUGUUAAUUCAACAAAAGCUGAAAUAAACAGCUGUGCUGUGCAAGUUUAGCAAACAUUUCGGUAAAAGAACCAAAGAUUCCAACUACAAACAAAUGCUAAAAGGGCGCAACAGCUAAGUGGAGAAGGAGAAUCACAAGAAGAAGGCAGAAAAGAAGGCAGAGCCGAACAAAAGGCAAAGCGGCGGACGCACAAGGAGAAAUACAAAACAAUCAAAACAAGAGGAGAGACGGAGACCAGACCCUCGGCGGAGGCGAAAAGAGGGACACAAAAUGACGGACGAGUGUAUAACAAGAAACUACAAUGUUCUCAGCAUUAUAGCUGAUAGUAUCGAUGCCAAGGGCUGUACGGCGGAGCCGCUUGUUGUUGCUGGUGUUGGUGGUGGUGCAAUUGCAGCUAGCGCCGCCGCCGUCUUGCCGGCCAACAAGUUUGUGGCCCGAAUGCCCGUGGAGCGAUAUGCCAGCGAAUACAACAUGAAUCACAAGAACCGUGGCCUGGCUCUGAUCUUCAACCAUGAAUUCUUUGACAUACCCACGUUGAAGUCUCGCACCGGCACUAAUGUGGAUGCCCAAGAGCUUAGCAAGACCUUCGAGAAUCUGGGCUUUAAGGUCGCCGUGCACAAGGACUGCAAGCUGCGGGACAUUCUCAAGCAGAUCGAAAAGGCCGCCGUGCAGGAUCACACGGAUAACGACUGCCUGGCUGUGGCCAUACUGUCGCACGGCGAACACGGAUAUCUGUACGCCAAGGAUACACAGUACAAGCUGGAUAAUAUCUGGCACUACUUCACCGCCGCCUUCUGUCCCACUCUGGCGGGCAAGCCGAAGCUGUUCUUUAUCCAGGCCUGCCAGGGCGACCGCUUGGAUGGCGGCAUGAUGCUGGAGAAGAGCGUGACUGAAACGGAUGGCGAGUCCUCCAUGAGCUACAAAAUACCCAUACACGCUGACUUUCUCUUCUCCUAUUCCACGAUUCCGGGUUACUACUCGUGGCGCAACAUCAACAACGGCUCCUGGUAUAUGCAGUCGCUGAUCCAAGAGCUAAACACCAAUGGCAAAAAGUACGACUUGCUCACUUUGCUCACCUUCGUCAACCAGCGUGUGGCCAUAGACUUUGAGUCGAACGUGCCCGCCACCCCGAUAAUGGAUCGCCAGAAGCAAAUACCAUGUCUCACCUCCAUGCUGACGCGCAUACUGCGCUUCAGCGACAAGCCCAACGGCAAUAAGGCUGGCUAAAUGGACGAUCUCUCUCUACCUCAGCUUGAGCGCUCACUCAAUGCCCCCGCAAUGAUCAUUUGGAUUCCAAUUCACUUCAAGUUUAGUUUUUAGACGCUUGCAAUUAUCCCGAGAGAUAUGACGAGCUUUAUGACCGACUUCUCCUUCAUUCCUCAUUUCCCCAACACCCCAAUUCAGGCCUUAUCGUUGACGAAAUUCGCUUAACCACUUAAAUGUACGACUUGCCCUAAUUAUAAGAAACACUUGCCCAUCAGCAAACCCACAAAUUUUAGAGAUAAGAGAUAUAAUGAAGAUUUAUACAUACAAGAACAUUUACAUAUUAUAUAUAUUUGAUAUGAACCGAAUAAAAAUGAAGUAUGAAUAUAAAGUAAA